CUCGCUACCAAGCGGCGGCGGCGCUGUUCCCCCGCUGCGCGCCCGCGCUGUACAACCUGGGUGUGGUGGCGGGGGAGCUGCGGCAGGGGGCGGCUGCGGCGGAGUAUUACCGAGCGGCCAUUGCAGCGGAGCCGAGAUACGCGCAGGCUCAUUGCAACCUGGGUGUACUGCUACGGGAGCAAGGGCGGCUAGCGGAGGCGGUGGCGGCCUACGAGGCGGCGCUGGCAGCGGCACCCAACUUUGCAAUCGUGCGCAACAAUAUGGCCAUCGCACUUACCGAUCUGGGCACGCAUGUGAAGAACGAGGGGCGACUGGAUGAGGGAAUUGCGUUGUACGAACGAGCGCUGUCGUACUCGCCACGUCAUGGGGAUGCGUUGUACAACCUGGGAGUGGCGUACGGCGAAAAGGGAGAUUUGCAGCGUGCCGCCUUCAUGUACGAGAUGGCUCUCGCCUUCAACCCGGGCUGCGCGGAGGCGCACAACAACCUGGGGGUCAUUUGGAAGGAACAGGACAACAUCGAGCGGGCCGUGGAGAGCUACACGGCGGCCCUCUCGCUGCGACCCAACUUCCCACAGAGCCUCAACAACCUGGGGGUGGUCAUGACGGC